AUGAGUUCACUCUCACUAACUUCAGACUAUGUCAUGAGAGGACACCAUGGCUCCAAUGAAAACCACAACCUUUAUGCGAAUUAUGUCCUGCUCCAUGCUCAUUUGCAAUUUGACCAGAAUCAUGGACCUGGAAGAGCACAAUCUAUUAUCAGUUGCUCAGGAACUGCACAUAUCCGCUUCUUUCCUCAAACAGAGUCAUUUCCAAUUCCCACUGAUGAAGAUAUAAAUGGACCUCCAUCACAUGAUAUGAAUGGUCAAGUCAAUGUGACGGUGGAGGUAAUACAAGAAUCCGAUUUGGAGCCGAUACACAAUCAUAUAAAUGGAUUAAUUAAUGAUGACUCAUCCACUGAUUCUGAAUCACCACCCCCAUAUUUGUGUCAACAGUUACCAUCAAAUAUCAGUGACUCACCCCCAUCACCAUCUUCUACCAAUGCUACUAUUGCUUCGUCACUUUCUCCUGAUAAUUGCACACUCAUGCACCAUAAUCGCACACUCAUGCAUACUAUUUGCAAUGAUAGUCAAGAGGAUGAAAGGGAGAUUGAUUCCUCAUCGCCCCUUCAGCUAUCCCUCUCCACAACAAUAGGAGCAGAGCAUCAACCUUCCAUCAAUAUAUCAUCCGAUAUUACUCCUUAUCUUUGA